UAUACUGCUAAACGUAAGAAUUUUUUUUUUCAUUUGUUUCAAAUGAUAUUCUAAAAAUUUUACAUAAGUGGGCGACAAUAUAUUUGUUGUUCUAUUCUCAUGCUUUCCUUUAAUAGUAAUCAUUCAUUUUUUAUUUAAUAAAACCGUUACGCUGCAUAUAGCGUUAUUUUUUAAAUUCCUUUGAAAGCGUUUUAAACUUACUUUAUAUUUCUAUUUGCAAUUAUUUUAUUUUUACUUAUUGCAGACCGUAUAUUAUUUAUUGCUCCUUCUUACGUAUUACUUUAUUUGACACAACUAAAUACAAGGUUGACUCCUUGGUUUAAUACUUUCCUUUUCUCUUUCCUCCUGUAACGAUUCGAAUUCCUUUGUUCCUUGUUUAAAAAAAGCUGUUCAGAGGAAGACUACGCAAAAUGUUUGACUUUUCAUUAAUCGCCAAUAAUCCCUUUUACCUUGCUACAUUAGUGUUAUCCUUGAUUGGUUGGAUCAUUACAUUUGCUGGUACUGCCGCAGCCAAAAUAUCAGGUGCUCCAUGGUUCUUUAUAAUUUUCGAGUUAUUCAUCAUUUUGGGCAUUGCUGCUGCUAUCGCAACAGACUCUGUCAAGUAUUAUCGCUUUGCUAUUUUAACAUUUUUAGGUGUUAGUCUUGCCUUCAUAAUCGCAGCAGAUGUAAUAACUAUUGACUCAGUUAAUGGUACACCCAGUUUUAUUAACAUAAGUGCUCAAAGUGCUCAAAAUCCUCAAGCAUUUCAAGCAAUUGCGGCUGGUUCAAUUUUCCUUUCUAUUGUGACGUUUGUAUGGAUAUUUAGUUUUGGAUCUGAGGAAGGUUCUAUUGUAGUAAACAGCAUAAAUUCAUUAGCUAUAAAUAAAGUUGACGGAAAUACAACACAUCAUCGUGGUUUCCCACCAUCUGGUCCAAUUGCAAUGAUGCCAACUUCGAUACAGCAGGAGCAACAAGUAAACAAUACAGUUGCUGUUUCUCCAAAUGCUGAUUAUGCUUACAAAGCAAAGGCUUUAUAUGAUUACCAAGCAAAUCCAGAUGAUUUAAGUGAGCUUUCGUUUGCUAAGGGAGAAAUACUUGAUAUUGCCGACAACAAAGGCAAAUGGUGGCAAGCAAGAAAGGCCGAUGGCUCAACUGGUAUAGCACCAAGCAAUUAUCUGCAGCUCGUUUAGGAUAUUUUAUAAGGGAAAAGUAGCAAUUGUAUCAGAGAAAAUUUUGUGCUGCAAAACCGUGUCCGCUUCUGUUAUAUCAAACUUAUAAUUAAACUAAUUUUUUCAUUUGCAUGCACGAGAAAAUAUAUAUCAUCAUCAGUUAAUGCACUUGUUUGAAAAUUUGCAUUUUCAUAUCAUUUAAUAUUUUUUUUUAUUAUAAUAUAUAGUGUUAACUUCCAUAAAUAAUUCCUAUUACUCAUAAUUGUAUUUUUAUAUUAAAUAUCUAAAAUCGCAAAUUAUUUUCAGAAUUUGAAUA